AUGAUUGCGGUAAUCAACUAUAGCGGUGCAAAGGUAGCAAAAGAAAUGCUAGUCUGCAAUCCGCAAUCUAGUCUCAUUUUAUCUACCGGUGCCGGUUCAGAAGUUCAGUUCACAACAUCUGGGCUUUAUAAGGAAGAUGGAGAGAAAAAUUACCACCGUGUUGCCGAUCUAUUUGACACUGAGGACUACGCUGAUGUGUUCUAUCGAGCAGCUACGGAAAGUGAAGAAUCCAGGAAGGCUCAUGGCAAAAGAAUGAGUGAAUUUAUUUUGUCGAAUGAUAUUGAGAGGUGGAGCGCUGCUUUCUUGGAUCCCAGCUGGACCCAUUUAGUCAUCCGACCCAUGCAGGUCAGAUCAUUGAUCUACGUAGUUUUUUACCCACCCUUACCCACAUGA